AUGAAACUACAGACAAUCAUCAAUGAAUAUUGUUACAUUGAUAUUAUUAAUCAAUGUUGGUCAUUUGUACCAGAUGAUCGUCCAGAUUUUGCAAUGUUAUGUAAAUCUCUAACAAAAAUGCCAGGUAAACGAGCAUUAGUUCGAUCCCCAUCAACACCACUCCAAUAUCAUGGACAUCAAAUAUCAAACCAUAAUUUUAGUUAA